UUAACCUGUAACCAACAAAAAUAUACCGUCAAAUUAAAUUAGAAAAUCCACUUUUAUUAUUCCAAAUAAAAGCAGAAUCCUUAAUAGUCUUCUACAAUACAAUGUAAUAAGUGUACUUUAUAAACCAUAAACCUCCAGGAAUUUUCAGAUACAUAAAGUAACUUGUCCUGUUCAUUGUGAUAUUUGAAAGUGUUGUAUAUAUUUAUUUCAACGUUGUUUGAUGUUAUCAUGAAAGAUGAAUAACAAUAGUUCGGAUUAUAUUAAUUGGUCAGAGUUACAUUGUUCUAAAGGUGCACUCACAGACUAUUAUGGAUGGUUCAUGCAGUUCUUGUUGGCUGUGUUAGCAUUCACUUGUUUAAUUGGUAAAAGGUUUUGUGAGCCUCGAUAUGCUAGAAGGCCUUGGCUAAUUUGGUUUUAUGAUACAUCCAAACAAGGACUGGGUGCUCUUAUUAUACAUGCAACCAAUGUUUGGCUCUCACCUCACCUUCUAGGAAAUCCAUGCACAUGGUAUAUUUUAAAUUUCAUGUUGGAUUCAACAUUGGGCCUGCUGAUAAUAUGGGCAGGCAUCCGACUCGCUCAGCACUGUGCUAGAACAUAUGAUAUUCCACUUAUAAACUUUGGAGAAUAUGGUAAACCACCAAUGUGUUCAGCUUGGAUAUGCCAGUGCAUAUUGUAUGCUGCACUAGCUACAUUUUCCAAAUCGGUGCUAGCGCUGGUACUUCGAUUGCCGCCACUUGUAACAGUGUUAUCUCGACUGCCGCUCUCGCCGGUCUCUGAUCCGAGGCUUGAACUUGCAGUUGUGCUGCUCAUCAUUCCAUUUUUUGUUAAUAUAUUAAUAUUUUGGGUAACAGACAACUUCCUUAUGUAUCAUCCGAGGGGUGUCAGCUCAAAAAUUAAAACUAAGGUUCGUUACCAGUCGAUAAAGAAAGAGAAAUCGGGCUCUGAUGAAGAGGAGCAUUCUGCAGAUGAAAGACUGUUGGGUGCCAGUGUAUGACCCUACAGUCGGCCCAUUGUAUUACGGGCGUAACAAUUGUAAUCUCUUAGUAAUGUAGGUAGGUAACUCUCACUUGUCUUUGCUAUGUGAAAUAAAGCCGUCGAUACAGUAGGUCACCGGUUAUUAUUAUUAUAUAUAUAAAACCGAAAACUAUGAAUGUGAAUAUCUGUAAUAUGGUAAAUAUCUCGUAUAUAGAAUCUGUACAAACGUAAAAAUCAACGAAAAACAUUUAAUACGGUGAUUAAAAAGAAUUAUUACCGUUCUGACAUAAAUAAAGUUGAUUUAGGUAUUAAUUUUUUGUGGAAUAUUGAGUCAAUUUAUUCGGUAAGAACCCAAAAGUCCAUUCGCCAGCUUAUGAUAUUGAAUCACUCAUUGAACAGUUCCCGUUAGAAUUCCGUUUUCCAUAACAAUUUUUUAAUGUCCUAACUAAAUACAGUAAGCGAGCAAAAUCGUGUGAUGGAACUUGUCUAUACAAAAUGAUAGUAGAGAGACACGGUGCCUUUAUUUUGGCAUUCGAAAAAAACUUAAAAGAAUAUAGAUUUACAAAGUGUACAUGUAUAAAUACAGGUACUGGGGUAGGUCUGACAAUCGGCCACUGACUGACCUACCAUGAUCAGAUAGAUCGGAUCUCUUCCAAUGGUAGGAGUACAGAAUCUUCGUAACCAGCAUUAUGAAAACGAAACUAAGUAACAGUUGUGAGAUAGGUAAAUUGACUUAAAAUAUGAUAUGAAAAUGUAUAAUGUAUCUGUAUUUUUCUUUUAGUCUAUGAUAUUGUUUAAACACUCAUAAAAAAUAUAAUGAUCAGACUUUACUGUACGGAAUUAUUAUAUUUAUUAUUUAUUCUGUGGUUGUCUACGACGGCAAUUAUGUUUGUAGUAAAAAUUUUAUUUACAUUGAAUAUAGACUAUUUUUUAGUUUUUCUAUUCUAUUGUUGUUUCUUAAUAACAACAACCAAUUAUAUGUAUAUAUAGUAUUUUAUUAUUUAAUUUCGAUCACAACCUUUUAAACAAAACAUGGAGAAUGAUAUGCAUGGGAAGUAAAGAGAGUUGGGCCAGAGUAAUGUUAUGACUAUACACUGGCACAGACCAACUACGGAUAAUUAUAGUUCUAUUGUAUAUUAGUACAAUUAUCAUGUCAUUUUAGUGAAGACAAGUGGGCAGUGAAAAAUAAACGGUCCUUGUGAAUCUUUGUUCAUUUGUCAUGGAUAGUAGUACUCAAUUUAAAGACUCAAAAUUACUUUUUGUAAUAUGAAUUAAACCAUCUGCUAGCAAAUUAUCUGUAUUUCCUUGUACACAGACAUUAGAUGUAUGACUGCAUACAUCUAAAUGCUAUUAUAGCAUUUAGAUGUAUGCAAUCAUACAUCUGAUGAUCAGAUGAUCCGAUCUGAUCAGAUGAUCGAAUUUUUUGUCCUUAAUGUCAUUUAAUUUUACAUACAAUAAAUAUCCUUAAUAAAUGAAACCAUUAGAUUUUUUUAAUAGCCUUUCAAAAGCAGCUAUUAUAGUUUCAUUUACGGUAUACUGUCGCAGGUACUAAUAGGAAUAAAUUAAUUAUCAUCGUACUUUAAUAAAGACCUAUUUACAUAAGAACUAAUAUGAUUUUUUAUAAAUAAUGUAAUGACAAUACAUUUAUAAAGACAUUAUAUUCCUUUUAUUAAAGUAUUGUAUAUAAUUUAUACAUCCUUUAGCAGGCAAUGCAGAUAAUCUGGCAGCACUUUAUAUUAUUACAUAACUGUAUCGUCCUUUUUGAUAAUUCAACUAAAAUUGUGGACUAUUGUUAUAUUGACAUGAGGCCUGUAUUGAAGAAAUGACGGAUAUUUCUUAUUGUUAUUUAGAUGUCAUUAUACGCAAUUUAAUUUUAUAUCAAAAUAUAUAUACAUUAUUUUAUAAAGCAUUAUUAUGUACAGAUAUAUCAAUAGUGUUGAUUGCCAAAUGGCCUUUUUUAUAUUGAGUGUAGAAUAAUAACAAUAUGUAAAUAUCGUAUUAAUGUUUUGAAGUGAAAAGUGUUCGUGGGUAAAGGAUGUAACUUUUAAGGGGCCGUAUAUAAAUUACGUCAUAACUGAAGGUGGAGGGGUGGGGGGUAAUGCAGAAGUGUGUCAUUUUGUAAAAUAAUUAUAUGUAUAUAUAAAUCUUAAGAGGGCUUACAAUAAAUAAAAAAAUAUUUUUAAUGCUACAAAUUAUUCUAUCAGUUGUCAGUAUCCAUAACACAAGACAUGCUUAGCUUGAGACUUGAUGGCGUUGUGUGACAGUUAUUAUUGUUAUUACUAUAAUAAUUUAUAAAAAGCAACACCGCUUUGUUGGAGAAAUCUCGAAUUUUUUGUAAAACAUCAUGAAAUCUAGGACCUCCCACCUACCUCUGUCACUCCACUCAUCACAUUUAAGUUUUAUUUCUUGUCUAACGUAAUUUAUGUAUCACCCCAUACUGCAAUUUUGAGUUUUAACACUGACAUUGAGAAGUGAGAAAGUACAAACAUAAUAUAUUUCCGUCUUUAGUGUUCACAAUCAAAUUAGCAUUAUUAUACAACCUAAUAUCUCUAACUGUACUUCUUAGAGGUAAUGUUCAUAUUAGAAAGUCAUGAUAUACAAGAACUAUCGCUAAAUGACAUGUCGGUUCUAAUGCAAAAUUCAUGAAAAAGGUAGCUAAAUUUAUAAGCUAUAUUUAUCAAUUGAUCGUAAAUAUCUAUUAAUGUGUUUUUAAGCCUUUCAUUCUUUUUAUAUUGGAUCCGAUAUACAUUUGGUGUUAGCAUAUAGAAUGAAUCGCGAAUAUAACAAAAAUUUUAUAUCUGCAGGAAUUGAUAAUGCAUUUUGAUUAUUACAAUAACGAUUAUUGUACAAAGCUAUUCAUGUUUAAAAAAAUGUAAUGAUAUAUUUUUAUAUGUUUCAUUUUAAAAAUAGAAUUAUUGUAAACGUUCCUAAACGGUGUAAGUACUUAGAUUCUCAUAGUAGUGCCAUGUAUUAUGAUUUUAAAACCUUAUUGUGACAUCGAAUAAAGACUGAUCAGUCUAGAAUGUAAACAAGUAUACAACCUUCCAAUAUUAUUUAAUUGAAAUGAUUUAAUAAAAUUUCGGUCAAUAUCGACAAAAUAACGCAUCAUAAAUUAAAACUAAACAUAAUUAUUGAGAAGUAUGUAACUACUAUUGAAUAGAAUGUUAAGCGAUCUAAAACUUUAAUCAAAUCCUUAUUACAAGUGAUGUUGCCAUAGCCUUUGCGAUUUAUUUGCGAAAGUCUUCCAAUAAAUAGUUAUCCAAAUAGAAAUUUGGGCAAAAUUACAAUGUCUGGCUAACAACAGACGCUUAACGAGGCUUACCGCAGUACUCAUUUUAAAUUAAUUUGCUUUUUGUGUCAAAAACUCAGAAUAAUCCAAAUUACUUUUAAAUGUGAAGUCACUCUUCUUGUGAAUGCUUAACAUUAGUA